UAUUCGGUGCGAUCAAGAGUGGAUCUUCUCUGGCUGUGUGGUCGUGGCGCGUGUCCGUGGUUGAGUAUCAAGGGUACAGUUCGGGCGAUGGUCGGUGUUGUUUAUAACGAAGAGUUACGUCAGCGCGGGCGCAGUGGCGGGCUCGAGACGCGCGCGGAUGGCAGCGCGGGCGACCACGACGCUCACCCUGGCGGCGCUGGCGCUGGCCGCGCCCCCGCCCCCGGACUCGCUCUCCGUGCUCGGCGCCAUACUCCCGCCCUUCGUCAGCGCACACUUCGACGACCUCGUAAAGGCCGCCUCAGCAAGCUGCGAGGCAGUCCCGCAGCAGCUGCUGUUCUCCCGCACGAGGUCGCUGGAGCUGCCGCUGACGCGGAUGGUGCGGUACUCCCGCAGUGGGCGGCGCGCGGUCAGCGUCGCGGCGGCGCGCGCCCGCCUGCGGCGCUCCGACGAGCUGGUGCUGUACGUGCCCGGCUGGUGGAACACGCCCGACGAUCCCUCCUCGCAGGCCAUCGUCAACGCACUCAUGACCAAGCACUCCUCCGUCUACCUCCUCGACACUCGGCUGUCUUUCUGUCGAGGUUACGUCACCGCCGUGUCUAACGUGCCGCCCCUCUCGCAUUUGCUUUUCGGAUUUAUACAGAAGUUGCAUAAAUCAGGAUACCCGGUGUCAUCGAUCCACCUGAUAGGCUUCAGUCUGGGGGCUCACGUCGCCGGCUUCACGGGAAAGUUGGUAAGACAAAACCUAAACACGACACUAGGUCGGAUCACGGCGCUGGACCCGGCGCGGCCGUGCUUCGCGCGCCCCCAGCUCCGGCUGGCGCGGGAGGACGCGCAGUUCGUGCACGUCAUACACUCCAAUAGCGGCGUGCUCGGCAUAGAGGAGCCGCUGGGUCACGCCGACGUAUACGUGAACGGCGUGCGCGGCAAGCAGCCCGAGUGCCAGGACAGGAGUAUCAGCCUCGAGUGCGACCACGCCCAGGCCUGGAAGCUGUACUCUGCCUCCGCCGUCAAUGACAGGUCCUUGAUGGGCCGACGAUGUUCCAGCUGGGAGGAGCUCCUGCAGAACGAAUGCAGCGGCAACGAGACAGUAAUGGGGUACUCGUGCAGCACCAACGAGCACGGAAUGUUCCUUUACACAUCCGAGUACCAGCAGCCUGCCACGCCGACACCACAGCUGCGAGUCUUCAACCCGUUUAACUUACUCCGCUGGCCAUUCCGGGCAGGAGAUACGUGAUCUGCUGCUGAACCAUAAAGUCUCAACUAGAUGAUGCGUAAGAUUUGCUCGAUCGUAUGUUCGCCUGCUGCCUCGGUGUUGUGCUAACAGAC